UCUCUAAUACCAUGUUGAGUUAAAUCUACAAACCAACUCGUAUAAAAGUCUAAGAUUUUGAAAAAAGAUGGACAUUACGCUGAAUCCAUACUAGGCCAGGCCGGAUUGGGAGGAAGAGAGCAAAGAUUUUGCUCUUCACCAACUUUCGCCCUUGAACUCUCUUUCCCUCCUUUUCCUUUCUCUGAUAAGUGACACACCCGGCUGCUACCGCUUUAUUUACAGCUCCUCCUAGUAUUUCCUCCGCCCUCUCCGCCAUUGCUUUUCUGCCGUUCUCACCCCCUACACGGUUACACCUCCUCGUCGUCGUCACCGGCGCCAUUAUUCCCUCCUAUCCGUUCCUAGUUUCCUGGUUUCAUCCUUCCUGACGGUCUUCUCCUGCGCGCCGCCGCCCGGUGUUCGCACUCCGGCGACAACAUGUCGAAGAAAAUUGUGGUGAAGCUGGACCUGCACGACAACAGGGAGAAGCAGAAGGCCAUGAAGGUCGUCUCGGCGCUCAUCGGCAUCGACGCGAUGUCCAUGGACAUGGCGUCGCAGAAGAUGACGGUGAUCGGCAUGGUGGACCCCGUGGACGUGGUGAACAAACUGCGCAAGGCGUGGCCAGCGUCCAUCGCCUCGGUGGGCCCGGCGAAGGAGCCGGAGAAGAAGAACGAGGAGAAGAAGGACGGCAAGGAAAAGAAGGAAGGGGAUGCCAAGAAGGACGGCGACGGGGAGAAGAAGGACGGCUCCAAGAAGGAUGGCGAAGAGAAGGACGACUCCAAGAAGGACGGCGACGGCAAGAAGGCGCCGCCGACGGAGCAGCAGAUCAUCGCCGAGCUGAUGAACCAGUACCGGGCGUACAACAACCCGUACAUGGACACCCACUACUUCGUGCAGAGCAUGGAGGAGAACCCCAACUCCUGCGCCAUCUGCUAAGCGUGCUGCGUGAGGUAAUCAAGCACGGUUUAUUACUACGUGCAUGCAUGUAUCUGCGUACGACUUACGAGACGGAUGAUCUGAUAAGGUAGUUGUGAACCAAGCGUGUCAACAAAAAAAAAAUCACUGGCCUACUUCUACUACUGCAUGAGUGGCUACUCUUGUGGCCAUGGAGGAGGAUAUGCAGCGUGUCUCGGUAUGUGUAAGCAGGGAUGGCACUGCUGAAACUCUGCCUUCUGGGAUACUAGAGCUGUAAUGAUAUGUAGCUAAAGUUUUGGUUUUGUAUAUAAUACUGGAUGCACAUGCAUGCGUGUGAAUCUGCAAAUCAAUUGAUAUGCUAUUUGUGGCUGAAGGUUAGCUCAGUCACACCAUGUAUGAAUUGGAAAAUAAUGUCCAUUGUGAGAUUGACAA